AUGGAUAGUUAGCUUGUUGUAAACAGCUAGUAGUUUCUUGAAAAGUAGAGGGUAAAACCGUAAAUGCCUCUGCACUGUCGCAAGAGAGAAGGAACUCUCCCUCUCCGCUGACGGCGAGAAGGAAAUCAAUGGCGAAGACGGGUCUGGGCUGCGAGCCGGCAAUAGGUUCGUUGACGCCAUCGAGAAAGAGGGAGUACCGAGUCAGUAACCGGCUUCACGAGGGCAAGCGCCCCCUAUACGCCAUCGCCUUCAACUUCGUCGACUCACGAUACUAUGACGUCUUCUCCACCGUCGGCGGCAAUCGAGUGACUGUUUAUCGAUGCCUUGAAGGGGGGCUUGUCGCUGUGCUGCAAGCUUAUGUUGAUGAAGAUAAGGAUGAGUCAUUCUAUACUUUGAGUUGGGCAUGUGAUAUUGAUGGAACUCCAUUAUUGGUGGUGGGUGGAUGCAAUGGUAUAAUUCGCGUCAUAAAUGCUGGUGCGGAGAAGAUUCAUAAGAGUUUUGUGGGCCAUGGUGAUUCAGUAAAUGAGAUAAGGACUCAAUCACUGAAACCUUCACUUGUGGUGUCUGCUAGCAAGGAUGAAUCAGUGAGAUUGUGGAACAUACACACUGGGAUUUGCAUUCUGAUUUUUGCAGGGGCAGGUGGCCACCGAAAUGAAGUUUUAAGUGUUGAUUUCCAUCCAUCUGAUAUCUACCGUAUUGCAAGUUGUGGCAUGGACAACACUGUUAAAAUUUGGUCGAUGAAAGAGUUCUGGCAGUAUGUCGAAAGGUCCUUUACAUGGACUGAUCUUCCAUCAAAAUUUCCUACAAAAUAUGUGCAGUUUCCUGUUUUUAUAGCUUCAGUACACUCCAACUAUGUAGAUUGCAAUCGCUGGCUUGGUGAUUUUAUACUAUCUAAGAGUGUCGACAAUGAAAUUGUCCUUUGGGAGCCCAAAAUUAAGGAACAGAGCCCUGGGGAGGGGGCUGUUGAUAUUCUACAAAAGUACCCGGUGCCAGAAUGUGAUAUCUGGUUCAUCAAGUUCUCGUGUGACUUCCAUUAUAAUGCUGCAGCAAUAGGGAAUAGGGAAGGGAAGAUUUUUGUUUGGGAGCUACAAUCCAGCCCACCUGUUCUCAUUGCUAGGCUUUCCCAUGUUCAUUGUAAAUCUCCAAUCAGGCAAACUGCUGUAUCCUUUGAUGGAAGUACUAUUCUAAGCUGUUGUGAGGAUGGCUCGAUCUGGCGAUGGGAUGCAGUGCAAUGAAGAUGCAUGCUGUAUCUGAAGACCGGUUACUGAAUCACUUCUAACUAUCAGAAAUGCAUUGGUAUAACCUAUUAAAUAUAUGCUUCGGUUGUAUCAGUUGCUGCUUAUGGAGCCUGAGAGAUGUAAACAGAAAUUUUUAUCAGAUCAGAAAGUGGUCUUUUAUUAUGUAUUAUCUACUCUGUCAAACGAAGGUUGAUUAAUCUACUGCGACUGAUAGUUUCUUAAGAGAAUGUCCCAUUAAUUUGUUUUGUAGAAUGUCCUGUAAUCGUCUUCAUGCGGUGCUUCGUAGCAUACUAUUAAUAGAAUUUACUUGUGAAUUUAACAUAAAUCGUGCCAAACAUUAAAAAAAAAUGAAAAUUA